AUGUUGUGCAUUCAGGAUGAUGAUGGUAACAAUGCUUUUCAUAUAGCAGCUGAUGCAGCAAAAAGGAUACGUGAAAAUCUUGAUUGGAUCAUUUUUAUGCUUAAAUAUCCGAAUGCUGCAGUUGAGGUUAGAAAUCAGGCAAGUUUUGUUUAUCACUGCUCAUUAGCUUUUAGUGUUAAAUCUCUUCAGAAGUGCUGGUGGAGAAGGGAGUCCAUUUAUGAUUUAUCUCCGACCAUAUAUCAAAUUGGAGACUGGGUGAUGUUUAGAAGAAGCAUUAUAGCACCAACAUAUGGGUGGCAAGGUGCAACAUAUAAGAGUGUUGGUUUCGUGCAAAGUGUCCAGGACAAGGACAAUCUCACUCUGUCACUUUGCUCUGGAGAAGCUCAGGUACUGGCAAAUGAAGUCAUAAAGGUGAUUCCACUUGACAAAGGACAGCAUGUACAACUUAAGCCAGAUGUCAAAGAGCCAAAAUUCGGUUGGCGUGGUUAA